CCGGCCUAUGACAGCUAGAAUAGCCUGCCAUAGACCGGACUAGAAUGAUUUUGUUUAUUUGCUGAAGCUUCUAUCGGCUACGCUGGAGGACGCAUGGGAAGAGCAUUUUAGCAGCAGCUAGAUUAAAAUAAUUCGCUGAGGGUUUGCAUACGGAAUUUAAGCCCUGACCCUUUUUUUUUUUUCGUCAGGAACGGGCGCCGUUACGUCGGAAGAGUAGCACGAGCCGGUAUUGCAGCGAGUUUAUUAGCCAGAAAGCCCACUAUUAUUCUGCUCGAAAAUUGAUAAUAAUAACGCGAGAGUUUGCAAGUUGCCUCAAGACUGUAGUUGCAACUGUCAAAGGUGGAGUGGAUACGCGCAUGACCCAACACACAUUACUGUAAUACUGUACACGGCCGCCGAGAUAAUAUCCGUAUAAAAAAACCGAAUAAUCCCGAGGUAAGGAGCCGAGGAGUGUACCAAACCCGACCGAGAUUUGGCGCUUCUGCUUAUUUUCCUUCGCUUCGUUUUCUUUUACUCUAACCAACAGUCUCACAGCCGUCGAAAUUACUGCACUAAACAUAUUUUUGUGCCUCCCUUUAGCUCCAGCCAGCGCAAGGAUUUUUUUUUUUUUUACUCCUCCUUCGUAAUAAAGUCGCCAUUUUGCUUCACUGCCUAUAUAAACCAUCCCGUAUUCUAAUAUUUUUCCUCAAGGAGUCGGGGACCUGUCUGUCUUUCCUGGCUAUUUCUAAUAAUUUUGGAGUGUUUAACGAGAAGACGGGUUGGAGAAGUGCCUCGUGGUAUACAUAUUAAUGCACGAAAGGAGGGGGGCAAGGCAAUUGGAAACUGGAAAUAAGGUGAAAGUAUCCUGGAUUUCUUUUCAUGUACAGACGAAAUUGUAAUUUCUCUUCUCCUGCACUGCUCUUUUUUCCCCUCCACCUGGUCGUCGUCUGCAGAGUGGGGGGACAGGACGACGGUGACGACUGUCCGCUUCCUUUCAGGCCCCCCAACCUCAAUCUGACCGCUCCUUGACGCACAGCAGGUGUGAUUGCCAUGUAACAUAACAUUGGAGGAAAAACGCCCACUUAGGUACCUGUCUCCUGCCCCUGACCUCCUCCUACCUCACGUGGAUGACCCGGGGCCACCCGGGCUCUGGUGCUGGGUGACUGCUAGACAGUUUAAGGCAUGGAGAGCCCAAGUGGGCCCAAGUUUGGGAAGCUGUCCUCAUCAGGGCUGUCGAGGGGCCGAACCCCCAAGCAUGGACAUCCCCAGGAGCAAGUUAGAUCCAUGUCAAGCCCUGAAAACCACAGCAAACAUAGUCCAGUGUGUGAUGAGCCAGCAGAGGGGAAGAGGAAAGGUCGUCCUAAAGCAGAAAUGCAGGAACUGAGAAGCAUCCCUGCCCAUAUGAUAGUACAAUGGAAGGAUGAGUUUAAGCGCCGCUCCAGGGUAAAAUGUCCACGUUCAGGCUGCUGGUUAGAGUUUCCCAGCAUCUAUGGCGUCAAGUACCACUAUCAGCGCUGCCAGGGGGCCACUGUAGCUGAGAAGCUGAGUCAUGGCUGUCCCUACUGUGAGGCUGUGUUUGCUACAAAGGUGCGUCUGCAGAAACACAAACUGUGGAAUCAUCCAGACAGAGCCAAUACAGAAACCAAGGUAGAGCAACCUAAGCUUCAAAAGACUUUUGUCAAGUCCAACACUAAGAAAAGGCCCAUGGAGAUCAGUCCCCCCUCUCCAGUGUUCUUCAAAGUGAAAAAGACCCAUGAAGUGUCCACGCCCUCUCAGAAUGGGGAGCUGGCUUACCAGAAAAAUGAGAGGAAACAGCACAGCCACAGCCAGCCUUCACAGCAAAUUCACCAGACCCAGCCAGUCCAGCCUCUGUCCCAACAAUCUCAGUCCCAAAGCACGUCAUCUGAUGCAGGGGGAAGUGAAAGUGAGGGGGGCAGCCUUCCCCCUUCUUUCCCUGAUGAAGACCCAGAGCGAAUGAAGCACAGACGAAAGCAGAAAACACCUAAGAAAUUUACUGGUGAACAGCCCUCAAUAUCUGGAACAUUUGGAUUGAAAGGUAUGACUAAGGUAGAGGAGAAGCUGAAGGCAGGCCGGGUGAAGAGAACAGAGGGGAGUGGGUUUGCUGAGGAGCCUCAGAGAAGACCUCCAUCAGUUCAAACCUCAAAAAAAGACUCGGCUCCAACGAGCUCUGGAGUUGUUCUUGACGCUCAGUGGCAGCGAACAAUCUCAGAGAGAGGUGAGGUGGUGUGUCCCACUUGCUCCAUCGUCACUAGGAAAACAAUCCAUGGCCUCAAGAAACACAUGGAGAUUUGUCAGAAGCUCCAGGAUGCCCUGAAGUGCCAGCAGUGCCACAAGCAGUUCAGGUCCAAGGCUGGCCUCAACUACCACACCAUGGCUGAACACAGCAGCAAGCCCUCAGGGAGUGAAGGCCAGACGGGCAACGAGCACGAGGAAAGGGAAAGGCUGCGCCGAGUGCUCAAACAGAUGGGAAGAAUCAAGUGUCCCAGUGAGCACUGUGGAAAAAACUACCGCUCCAAGGCUGGCAGAGACUACCAUGUGCGCACCGAACACUCACCGGCCAUCACCACCACCACAACGACAGCUGCAGCCGCCACCAACCUCAUGGAUAGUAUCACUGACACCAACAACAACACUGGCAAGGAGAGGGUGAUCUCUGAAGAAUGUCCAUCAGGAGGCAAGAAGGAGCAAAGCCAAACCGAAAGGAAAGAGUGGCAAGAGAGAACCCCAUCCAGUCAGCCUAAGGAGAAGGACAGAGAAGCUAGGGAGAAGGACAGAGAAAAGGAAAAAGGGAGGGAACAAAACCAACAAAAAGCAGCACAGACAGAGAGCCAGGGGGAGGACUUUGAAAGGACCCCCAGUGGCAGAGUGAGGCGGCGGUCAGCUCAGGUGGCAGUGUUCCAUCUGCAAGAAAUAGCUGAGGAUGAGCUGGCUAAAGACUGGGGUACAAAACGACGCAUCAAGGACGACCUGGUUCCUGACAGCAAGAGGUUAAAUUACACCCGCCCUGGCCUCCCCAGUUUCAGCCCAGAGCUUCUAGAGGCUUGGAAAAACCAAGUCAAGGAGAAGGGCUUCAUCUGCUGCACAAAUGAAAACUGUGAAGCUGUCUAUUCCAGUGUGUCAGGACUGAAGGCCCAUCUCGCCAACUGCAGCAAGGGUGGUGGCGAAAUGGGGAAGUACACCUGUCUGAUCUGUCAGAAGGAGUUUAGCUCAGAGAGUGGUGUCAAGUAUCAUAUUAGCAAGACACACUCACAGAACUGGUUUCGUGCAGCUGCCAGUCAAGUUGUCUCCAGUAGCAAAAGUAAAGUCCCAGAGAACAAUGGGAUAAAGGCCGAGGUGAGGAACGGCGCCACAACUGGUAAAAAGAGGGGCCGUAAACCAAAAGAGCGCCCCCCUGUGAAUGCACCUCUCCAAACAAAAACUGAGGCACUUUCCACUCAAAACUCAAGCCCUGCCGUGACUCUGUUAUCUGGCACAGCACAGCCCCCAACCCUGUUCCCUGACCCAACGGACAGUGAUAAUUCACGCCAAAACAGACAGCCGAUUCCCUCCACCAACAGAAGAAACAAACCCAAGAGGCUGUCGCUGUCAGAGUAGCUCUGCUUUUGUUGACCUAGGAGCCGGAGGGGAUUCUUACUUUAAAUUUCUGCCAGGAAGCUAAAAGACCCUUCUAGCUCCACAAGAACUUGGCACUGAGAUGAAAGCCAAAUCAACCAAUAUGAAGUAAAACACAGUCUUCAAGUCUUGGUUUUGAAACCCCCGAGAUAAUGUGUAUACUGUUAUAUACAGUACUCAGAACAGUAAUGUUUUAUUUCCCCAUUCCACUUUUGUCUCCUGUUUAAGGCACAUUUUUCAAUUUCUGUACUCACAGCAGGGGUGUCUGUAGUAAUCAAAGUCAAAGUCCUGACCUUUACAUAGAUAGCAUUUUUUUAAACAGAGGUAGUAUUCUAAAUACCAAUGGAGAGUCAUUUUUUCUGCAAGAUUUGUGUUGUGUUUGAGAGGUUUUAAAAAGGAUAUUCUAUUAGCAUGGUGAAGUCAUUUAAUAAUAGUGUUUUCACAUUUUUUCACAGAUAUACUGUACUGUGUACAUGAACAAUAUCUAUAUCUAUAUAUCUAUAUACUCAAAGCAAUGAUGCCAUCUGUCAUUUCCAAGCCUGACACAUCCAAUUGGAUCAUAAGCAGUCAGAAUUUUUUGCAGUGUGCGUGCUUUAGUGCAAUGUUGUUUUAAUAUAGAUUUUUUUUCUAGUCUGACUUUUGUUACUUGCUUUUCAUGUUUUACGUAAGCAAAUGUCAUAUAAGCUAAAAUGUUUGUCACUUCAUGUUUUGCAAUAUUUUUUACAGCUGUCACUUUCAAGGAUAUUUUUUUUCACAUGACUAUGAACAGCAUCUGCUUUGACAACCAUAAUUAAGUGUGAAAUGAUUUCCAGAUUUUUUUUUUUUUUACACUGAUGUUAAUAAGCAGAAUACCCAGAAAAGUGACUGAAAUUUUCAUCUGCUAGGCAUACUGUAAGUUUGUUGCAAUUAUAAAUAACAGGACAUGUUUAAUUGAUUUAAACAAACAACACAAAGGUGAUGCAUUCUAAAUUUGGACUGGCAAAGCUAAAUGUUUGACAGAAGGAAGAAUUCUGUGUGAAGUUUGUUGCACCUUUGCAGCACAAUCAAAUGAUGAGGCCACAUUUUGGCUACUGCUUUUGCUUGAAUCAAAGAUAAGGAGAGAAUUUUACAAAAUACUAUCUUUUAUAGAGAGGUUGAGGAUAAUAAUCUUUUAUUAAACAGAAAAACUGCAAAUUAAGAUUCACAUAUAAUAAUGUAAAUGAAUGAAUUCUUGAACGUUCAAAGUUAUUGCCUUGCACUUUAACUUUUAACCCUUGCAGUUUUGCACUCCAGGACUAUUCACCCUAACCUAGUGGCAGUCUGGUACAGGAGUGGGAUUUUUUUUUUUUUUUUUUAACUCUGGUGUAAACUGGAGAAAGGCUAAAUUUGUCUUCACAUGGGUAAUAAGCAACAUGUCUGACACUUUCUAUAUUGUAUCUGAAACCCAACACAGUGGUAUACAUAUGAUCCACCUCACAAAGCCAUAACUGGUCUUAUUGAAGUUUAUGGCUGCUUAGCCACUUAAUGUUAGAUUAGCUUAAAAUAUAUAUAAAUAUAUAUACAAAAUAUUAAAUUACUUUUCAAAAUCUAAAAGAUUAGAGAAUAUUUUCACUUUAACAUGUUUAAAGUAGAUACUUGAAUCCACAGUUUAUUAACAAUUUGAGGAAAUGUAAACUCCAUGAAUAUUUGAUUUAUAUUUGAAGUUUACGUCCAUAACAAUAAUGACUUGCUUGCUUAAAAAAAAAAAAAAA